UGUCACCAAUUAGUCUUUCAACAUUUUCCAAUCAUUAACACUUUCUGGUUUACCCAUUUCGGACCAAAAUUCAAAAUUUAAAAACCAAAAAAAAGAUGUCGGACAUCAAUUUGGCUGCCUACGAUGCCUUCCGACGCGAUCUGGCCGGAAUCUUCAAGACCUUCAGCGCCUACACCCAAACCGAUUUCACUAAGGAAGUUGGAACAGAUACCAAAGUCGACUUUGACUCAGCUUCCGAAACUCAGCUAUCAAAACUCUAUAACCUAGAUCUGGAAAAGGAUUAGAGUUGAAUUGUUUAUAUGGACGGAAGAGCUUCUUCUGAAACGGAUGAAAGGCAUCCGAAUGGAGUCACCUUGGGUCGCCGCAAAAGUUUUCCCAGCGAAUGGAGAACUGAAAUGAACCAGCCGCUCCAGAGAAAUCAAGACAUUCCUCCACGACGAUCUCAAUCCGAAACGAAUUUGGAAUGCAAUGGAAUCAGAGGCUUGGUAGCACUAGAGUCCUGUUACCAACAAGGAUCAGAAACCAACAGAACCUCCUCGGAGGAGUCGGGAGAUAGUUUGUCCCUAAGAACUCUGGAUGCUAGAUAUUCUACGACCAGCAGCCUCCCAGUAUCCACUACGGAAUCUCAGACAUCUGGGUACACCACUGAGAGUAGUUACCGAACCGCCACAGGAUAUGCCCGGUUAUCCGAAUCCAGCUCCUAUGCCAGCAUUGAAACCCACUUUGGGCCACCACCUUCGAACUUUUUGCGCGAAAUACAUGUCGCCAUCGACAUCCCAGCCACCGAGGAGGAGAUCCAGUCUAUACGCCAGGAUCUUAGGGACUUGCUGACCAACGAAAUAACUUACAUCAGCCAAAAUGACGAGGACGUCGUCUAUUUGAUCGCCUACCAUUACAUGUAGACCACCCUGCAGUAGGGUCAUCCUAAAUUUCUGGUACUUUUAGGGGAUCUAAAUUUGGAUUUGAUUUUACACAAAAAAGAAACAAUUUCAAUUCAGUAGACAUUUGGUGAAAAUAUUUUAUAAAAUGAACAAAUGGGUAAAUAAGAAAUAAACUAUUAGAUUGAUCAUCAAA